AACAUGUGGUCGAGCAGCGUCCAAUACGGAGCUCCGAGCUGGAAGCAGGACUGUAGAGCAUCAGCAGCAUCAGCAGCAGCAGCAGCAUCAGCAGCAUCAGCAGCAUCCAGGAGGAGAAGCUGGACAUCCCACUGGAGGAGACUAGCUGAGGAUCCGCUUUCAGGCAGGAGGAGGAUGGACGCUGCAGAGGACGCUGCAGGGAGGCAGGAGCUCCACGCUGCGUUUGAGGACCGGAGUCUCAGGAUGUAGCCGCUGCCUUCGAGGACGUCGGGACUUGUUGUGUUUCAAGGAGAGUGAAGGUGGAGGAGUGUUUCCUCAGAGGAUGACGGAUUAGUCCUGAUCCAGAGCCAAGAUUCACCCCGAGGAUCAGAUGUUGUCCACGGCUCAGCAGAUGCUGCAGGACAGCCGCUCCAAGAUGGAGCUGAUCCGCCUGCAGAUAAUCAGAGCGGCCCAGGCAGGAGGCAGCGGAGACGGGGAGCAGAGGAGCUCCGGGCCUGGAGGAGUCUUUCCGCCGGCCGUCAGUCCAGGAGACGCUCGUCUGGCGGAGCUUCAUCAUUUCAUCCAGAGAGAAACGGACGCUUUGGUUCGAGCCAAAGACGUCGUGAAGCAGCUGGAGGGAAUCUCAGCGCUGGACCAGAAGGCUCUGAAUGAAGCUCAGUCUCGGCUCCAGGAUUCCUCCCAGAAGCUUCAUCUUCUGCGGCUGUCGCUGGAAAAAUGUGUGGAAGAGAAGAACCGGGAGAACCUGGAGGUUCCUGGAGGAAACGAUGAGACCUCAGAGGGUCAACCGGACCUGCAGAACCCCAGAACCAGAGGAUCCAUGUCCACCUCAGCGUCCAUCUACUCCAUCAGACCGGCCUCUUUAACCGGAAAACUUGAAGUGAAGCUUCUUGGAUGUGAAGAUUUACUGAAACCUGCGACAGACUCGAGUCCAGCAGCUCAGAAACCAGACGGACCUUCAGCUGAGGUCAGCGCUGUGCUCCGUCUGGACGGUCGACUGGUCGGUCGGACCUGCUGGGCCUCCACCAGUACAACCAACUGGGACCAGACCUUCUACAUCCAGCUGGAGAGGUCCAGAGAGCUGGAGGUCGGGGUGUUCUGGAGGGAUCGGAGGGAGAUGUGUGCCGUCAAGUUCCUGCGACUGGAGGAGACGAUGGAGAACCAGAACCAGAACCAGAACUUCAGUCUGGAGCCUCAGGGCCUCCUCUAUGCCAAGGUACAGGAUCUGAUCUUCUUCAGCUCGAACCUCCGGCAGACUGGAGCAGAUUUCGGUCCACAGCUCUCCGCUGGACCGAACCUCCUGACUCUCGAAGUCGUCAAUCAUUGUGAUCAUGGGGUGAUCCGCGAUGACAGAGUGUUCAAUGCCAUGCUGGCAACUGACAGAGGGAUUUACUCCAGAGACUAUCCUUAUGCAGACUCUCCUCAGUCCAUAGGCUACAGGGCGACCAUCAGUGCACCACACAUGACAGGACCCAGUGGUAGAGUGGUUGGCAUCGAACACAUUGAUGAACUGGUGCAAAUGUCGAUAAAAAAUGUGCAAGCUGACGAUGCAGAACUGCUCUCCUCUGGACGCAUCAGACUUGUAGCUACGUUGUCGUUCUGCAGCUUGAUGAGCGAGAAGAGGAUCUUCGAGAUGAUCAACGCCUCCAGACAUCCGUUCCUGGUCAACCUUCAUGGCUGCUUCCAGACCGGAGACCACGUCUGCUUCAUCAUGGAGUAUCUACCUGGAGGAGACCUGAUGAUCCACAUCCACAACAACGUGUUCACCGAGGCCCAGACCAGGUUCUACUCAGCAUGUGUCCUGCUGGGUUUGGAGUUCCUGCAUCUCAAUAAAAUCAUCUAUCGAGACCUGAAGCUCGACAACCUGUUGAUGGACGCAGACGGAUUUGUGAAAAUCACAGACUUUGGACUUUGUAAAGAAGGGAUGGGUCAUGGAGAUCGGACCUCGACGUUCUGUGGGACUCCAGAGUUUCUGGCCCCGGAGGUUCUGACAGAUGAUAACUACACCAGAGCCGUGGACUGGUGGGGGAUGGGGGUCCUGAUCUACGAGAUGCUGGUCGGAGAGUCUCCGUUUCCUGGUGAAGACGAGGAGGAAGUGUUCGACAGCAUCGUCAACGACGACGUUCAGUAUCCGCCUUGUCUUCCUCCUGGAGCCGUCGGCAUCGUCCAGAAGCUGCUGAAGAAGAAUCCUCUGAAGAGGCUCGGAGCUGGAGAACGAGACGCCAACGAGGUCAAAGGAGAGAAGUUCUUCGAGACCAUCGACUUUGAGGCUCUUCUAGCCAAGAAGGUGAAGCCGCCGUUCCUGCCGUCCAUCAAAGACUCCACCGAUGUCGGGAACUUCGACAGCGAGUUCACUCGACUGCAGCCGGUUCUGUCGCCGCCGUCCAAACCCUUCAGCCUGUCGGCCGAGCAGCAGGAAGCCUUCGCUGACUUCGACUUCUGCGCCCUGCACGGGUGAAGUAUGAACUAAGAGGACCAGGGCGGGAAAUUAUCACAUGUAUGUGCAAGGAACCCCCAAAUGGCAACCAAAAUAACUCAAUUAGUUCACAUCAUGAUGCUGCCACCACCGUGCUUCACCUCAUGAUGCUGCCACCACCAUGCUUCACAUCAUCAUGAUGCUGCCACCACCGUGCUUCACAUCAUGAUGCUGCCACCACCGUGCUUCACAUCAUGAUGCUGCCACCACCAUGCUUCACAUCAUGAUGCUGCCACCACCAUGCUUCACAUCAUGAUGCUG